GCCCCUCUGCCCCUGAAGGAGCUGCCCGCUGUCGGCCGUUUAAUGUCGCUCCUCCACCACAGAAAGUUGUAUUACCGGCUGAUGCAGAGUUUGUGCUCGGUCGGUGACGACGAUCGGCAGGAGAGACCGAACUUCCCGGGCGGCCGGACGACCCCAGUGUCUCAGCGGGGCACCGGCACGUCCGCGGGACCAGGCAGUGCGAACAAAAGCGAGAGCCGCGGUUGAAUUAAGUGGAGCAAAUGUGAGAAGAUGCUGGCAGCAGACAAAGGGGUGGUGGAGGAAUGGCUCUCAGAAUUUAAGACAAUUCCUGAGACCUCCAUAUCCAGCUAUGCUUCAAGUUUAAAAUGCAAGAGUACUCUGGUUUCAGAGUUGUACACAGUCAUCAGUGAAUCACAUAGUGAGUUGCUGGAGCCAGUUUGCCACCAGUUGUUUGAAUUUUAUCGCAGUGGUGAGUUUGAACUGAAGAGAUUCACAUUACAGUUUCUUCCUGAACUCGUAUGGAGCUACCUUUCAGUCAUAUCAACACGGGACAUGCACAGUAGUGGCUGUAUUGAGGCUCUUCUCUUGGGCAUCUACAACUUGGAAAUUGUAGAUAAAGAUGGAUCCAGCAAAGUGCAAUCUUUUACUGUCCCAUCCCUAUCAAAGCCCUCAGUGUACCAUGAGCCUUCUAGUUUUGGUUCUAUGGCACUUACAGAAGGCGCUUUAUCUCGACAUGGCUUAACUAGAGUUGUAUAUACUGGACCUCAUUGUCAAAGGGAAACUUUUACAGCACAAAACAGGUUUGAAGUAUUGACAUACCUGUUGCUCUGUUACAAUGCGGCUUUACUCUACAUGCCUUCUCCUUCUCUACAGUCUCUGUGCCACAUGUGCUCCAGAGUAUGUGUUAGUGGGUAUCCAAGAAAGUUGCAGAAGAAAUAUGAAAAUGUCAAUAGCAGAAUACCAGUCUCUCCAGAGUUCAUGGUGCACAUGCUAACAGCUGUUUAUUAUGCUAUAUAUAACGGAGAAUGGGACCUGGCCUGCAAAGCACUGGAUGAUGUGUUGUACAGAGCACAAUUGGAAAUGUUUCCAGAACCUUUACUGGUUGGAAAUGCCAUCAAAAGUACAUUACCCCCUUCUGCCCUAAAAUCUUCUAAAGAUGCGCCACGUUGUAUUCAAGUAGAGAUAACUCCAACGUCAUCCAGAAUAUCUCGGAAUGCAGUCACAAGUUUAUCAAUACGAGGGCAUCGAUGGAAGAGGAAUGAAGCAACUGAUUUAAAAGUCCAGGAGGAACUCAUGAACAUUACUGAAGUAGAUGAAAGAUAUUAUUCCAAGGCUUCCAAUGUGGUUAUGGUAACUACUGGUAACAAGGUAUCUGCUGGAAAAUGCCAGUGGCAAUCAUUAGGUAGCAAAGCUGGCAAAGAAGUAGCAGAUGAAACCUGCCGGGAACACCUUGCUCGUAAACACCAGUCUCAAAGAGCUGUGAGUGAGAAUCUCGACCUUUUGUCCUUGAAAAGAUUGACUCUGACAAACAGCCAGUCCCUACCUAAGUCUGGAAGCCAGAGUCUGGCUAACACUUCUACAGUCCUCUUCAGUAAAUCAUUUGAACAGGUUAGUGGAGUCUUCAUUGGAGGUAGUCCAGCCAGUGCCACAAGUAGAAAUGUAGCAGAGUCAAACAGAUUUUCAGCCUGUAGUCUUCAGGAUGACGGACUUGUGUCAGAUCGUGAACUUCAAGCCUCCAUCACACAACAGAAGCAACAAUGUUCACAGAGUGUUAAUGUUCAUCUCUCAGAUGUGUAACGUUGCAAAAUGGACAUUAAAGAAAAUUUUGUAUUUUUUGUACGAAAUAUUUUUUGUCAUUUUUUUUUAUUGAGCAGAAAUAUUCAAUUUAUUAAUGUACCUGUGAAAACAUUGAACAAUGAAAAGGUAGAUGCAUAAUGUGUAUAUUAAUGAAUAUUUUAAUUUUGUUUGAACAUCUUUUGAAGAAUUAGCCAUUUUAGAAUAGUAAGUAACCUUGAAUUUCAUUGAAGAAUUGACCUUGUAAUUUUUUUGUUGUCAUCUGUUUAAUUAUUUCUACCACAUUUGAUUGCAUUGUGUUUUGAAGGGACAAAAAUACUAUAGUAUAGAAGGUGUGAGCUUUGAAGUUGCUACAUGUAGAAUUUUGAUAGGAACUUGAACUGGAUUUUGCAGUUUGCAUGUAUUUUGGACUUUCUGAUCUGUACACAUCUGCUUCAAUGAGUUUUUCAAAGACCUUUUUUUACAAACAAAUGCUGCUUUAAAUCAGUAAACUUAAACCUAUCCCUAAUUCUGAUAUCUCCGUGCAUUAACAAUUUCAAAACUUGAUUGUUAACCUCAAUGUGCCCCAGAAAUUAAAAAUGCUAACUUGUGGAACAAAUAAAAGACCUUGUUAGAAUUCUGCAAAAAUCAAUCCCAUUAUUGUAGUUCAAGCUGCCAUUUAAGUAUUCUGAGCAAAAAUGUUGGAGAAUAAAAUUAAGUGAAAUUAUUUGCCAAAAAAUACCUUCUGGUUUAUCUUCCUUUAUACAAAUUGCUGUAUAACUUGAGAAUUGUAUUCAAUUUCUCAAUUGUUUCAAUGUUUUUGCUCAGCAAUAUAGUUACUGAGAGAAACAAUAGGAAGAUUAAAAUGGAUUUUUUAACCUUGUAUAGUUUACUGAACCAUUAGUACCACUAGUCAUACUAUUGCUUUCAGCAGUUACUUGUGCACAGAAGUGGACUACAUGUUUUCAAAUUCCAUGAGUAUUUUUUUCUCUUUUUAAAGGAUCAUUGGACUCAGAGCAAAAAAAAAUUGGUCUUUUUCUCACUUUGCCCAAGCAAAUUGUGAUUAUGGUAAGAUAAUUUUAGCAAAGGCCAUGGGUCAUAACUAUGACUCGAUCCCUGUCAAGAUUCCAAUAAAGGAAUCGCAUAGAUGCCAAAGCGCAAGAACUUAAAUGAUUUACUAAAUGUCGUUACCUUUAUAGGAUAGAUGAAUAUAUUUGACACGUAAUUAGUUUUAACUGUAUUAUACUCUGAUUUUAGCUGGUACCUUUGUAUGUUAAUGUAUUAGUUCAGAGAUUUUAAUCAUGUUCUAUACUUUUGAUAAUUAAUGUACUCAAUUAUCUAUUUUAGUGGUUUAUUGUUCUGGUUUAGUUCCUGCUGUUUACAAUAAUUAGAGAAGCCAGUUGUAAAGACCUCAUGCAAAGUUCUAUGAAAUUUGAAGCCUGGAUUACAAAGGGAAAUUAA